GGGACGUGUGAAAUAAAAUAGCUUUAUCCGCCCUUCCUUUUCCGCUCGUCUUAAUGGUUCCUCCCGGAUACCUAGCUUCCCGAAGCCUCAUCGGUAAACGGAGAGGUCGUUUUGGGUUUAGUUGACCCUGGGUGAGGCCUAGAUCCUCUGGACCGUAACUACCAUGAAUAUUAUCCACUUGGUGCGAGAUCACUGGCCUAUGGCAUUGUGUCCCCUAGGAUUCUUGGUGGGAUGGUACUUUGACAAGCAACAUGAUGAGAAACUGGCAAUAUUCAGAAACAAGAGCAAAUUAUAUCAAAGGGAAUUGAAACCUGGUGAAGAUGCUUUAUGGAAAUAAUGCGUCAAAUAAGAGUUGAUCCCCCUACAGUUUGAAUAAGUGAUUGUUCCAUAAUGAAAAUAGAAUCUAGUAUUACCUUUGUUCAGCAUAUGAUUAC